AUCUUCGAUUUCACCACUAUCUAUAUCUUCGAUUUCAUGAAAUGUUUGAAGAAGAUAAACUUAUCCGCUUUGGAUCCGUGUUUUGCCUAUCUUGCUUUGCUUAUGCUGAGUUCAAUUUUUAUCUUAUAACUGUGUUAAAUUUAUGUGAUAUCUGCUGAACUGAAACAGAGGUAAAAUGGUAGGAGUAGACGAGUAGUAAAUAAAGAAAUCAAACAGCUAUUUUUGUUUCCUUUCUCAUCCUGUUGAAGUAGUUGUUGCCUACCAUUAGAAAAAAUGUUGUUGGGUAUAAAUAUAAUGGUUUGUAAAUAAAUAUAGUCUUCUUUAGUACUUUCCACAAAAUUAUCAUAUUUUUAUUUUUGACAAGUUUUUCUCUUUGGACCUUAUUCUCCACUAAUAAUAACGCUCCAAUCAUUUUAUUUUUCUGUUACUACUAGUUACCAAAUUUGCAUUAAAUAUGAAUUCCACAUGAAAUUUGGAACUUGGUUUAAUGAUUGGAUAGUGUGAUAGGAUGGAAAGUGAGCGUGUUGAGUUGUUGAAUUCAUUAGUUAGUGAGAUCAGCAAAGGGAUGGAGCAAGUGAAACAGCUCAAAGACUCUUGUUUUUGUAAUUCAAACAAUGGAGUUUUGGACAAAAUGUUGUCUUCUCAUGAAGAGGCUCUAUUCAUUCUUACUGGUCGUAAUCCACAGCAACAAUGUCACUCAGACUCAGGGAUAUCAUCGUUAUCAGAUCCUCCUGCAACUGCAAGUCUCAAAAGGAAAAGUAGCACAGGUAAGGUAUCUGGAGACUCAUCAGUGCCACCCGAGGAUGGAUAUAGUUGGAGGAGAGAGUAUUACAGAUGCAGUUUAAAAGGUAGUACUUGUUGUGGGGCAAAGAAGCAGAUACAAAGGUCGGAUGAUGGGACUGUGUUUGAGAUCACAUACAGGGGGUUACAUGUAUGCCGACAAUCCCCCAAAUCAUAAUCAUAGGCCUAUCUAUCUCUCACUUCAUUGCCUUACCUACAUAUGGAAUAUGGUUACCAUUCAUGAGCUUUCUUUUACAUAUACUACUAACACUAUCCAAUUAUAAAACCAUUUUGACAUCAUAUUGUUUAGUAUAAAACAACAUCGUUUUACUUCAA